GGGCAGAAUGGUAAAUCACCUCGUCAGAGGGCUCCUUCUCGCUUCCUACUCUAGGUCGACGCCACCUACCGGCAGCAGAGUUCCACGGCACGGCACGGCUCCAUCCCAUCCCACUCCCGCCUACCAAUCCGGCGCCCUCUCCCACCCAUGGCCGCUGCGGUGUGCUGUCACCAUCGCCGGUGGCCGCUCCUCCUUCAGCUGGGCCUCGUCCUAGCCUUCCUGGUGGCGGCCGAGGCGUGGACGGGGGAGAUCCGCGGCCGCGUCGUCUGCGAUGUCUGCGGGGACGCUGCCAUCGGCCCCGAGGAUCACGCCCUCGAAGGUGCCGAGGUAGCUGUUCUCUGCAUCAUGAAAUCUGGCGAGGUUAUCAACUACCAGGCCUUCACAAACUCCAUGGGCAUGUACACCGUUGCAGAGACGAUGCCAGAGAGCGACCAGUGGGAGUCGUGCUUGGCUAGGCCCAUCAGUAGCUUCCACCAGCACUGCACUAGGAGGGGUGACGCUCACUCGGGGGUGAAGUUCACGUACAACAAACCGCCAGGGAAUGCGCACACCGUCAAGACUUUCCUCUACAAGCCUGUUAACGCCCCUCUGUACUGUAGUUAAACAGUCUAUUGAUUAUUUGGAAGGAAAAGAUAGUAAACAUAUAACAUGGAUAUGUAUUGGUGCCUCAGCCCAAUAUAAGUAAACAUGGUUUGAGUUGUAAAUUGGGGGGGGGGGGGGUCAGUUGUGUGUAUGUCUUACCUGUAUGUUGGUAAUGCUGUCUGAUCAUCAGUGCAAGGAAAAGGAUGCUGCAUGAAUCAAUUAUGUUUUGGACUGUA